AGCAACGUCGAAGGGAUUUCGCGUUGGUUUACACAGUUGGCGCGCUUUUCAUUAUCGUGUGCAUCGGUUUCAGGGACAUUUACUUCACUUGGGGAAACUUCAGCGUGAGUAUCCCCCUCAGUCGGAAUGAAAUUAAUUGCUAGUUAGUUAGAAGGAGGAUAUAAAUGAAAAUACGAUCGAUGCAUCAGGACAGCGUUUACAUAUCUUGCAACAAUUUGUACCUGAUGAUCGUCGUGCUCAAGGUCGGUGUGUUGUACGCGCACAAAAUGGAGUUUUUCGACCUGGUCACGUUCACGCGGACCAAUUUCUGGCGCUCGUAUCGCGACCCAGAAGAGAAAUUAAUAUUGGCCGAGUGCAGGAGGAUAUGCACCAUCUUCGUCGUUGUUAUCAGCUUCUGCGCUCAGGGCACUUGCACCGGCUACAUGAUCACUCCGAUAAUAGCGAAUAUUGGCAGGAACGAGUCUGACAGGGAAUUGCCGUUCAACUUGUGGGUCGAUUUCCCCGUGGGAUUGUCGCCUUACUUCGAGAUCCUUUUCACCGUGCAGAUACUUUGCGUGUACCACGUCGGCGUGUGUUACAUCUGCUUCGACAAUUUACUGUGCAUCGUGAAUCUUCACGUGGCCGGCCAAUUUCGUAUCCUCCAACACCGACUGAGAAAUUUCAACGUGACAGGCGAUCGUGAGUCUUGCCGCGCGAAUAUUUGCUACACCAAAUUGAGGAGCUGCGUGAUUCAUCAUCAAGCGUUGACCAAGUAUUGCAAACAAUUGGAAAACAUAUUCACGAUAAUCGUCCUCGGCCAAGUUCUGUUCCUCGCUCUUGUGAUAUGCCUCGUGGGAUUUCAGUUAUUUCUGAUGGAUACGCCUGCCUCGAGAAAAGUCAGUUUGACGUUGAAUUUCGCCGGCACCCUCUGCCAGCUUUUAAUGUUCACGUACAGUUGCGACGAUUUGAUAAGGGAGAGCGUGAACGUGGGCAACGCGAUAUUCUCGGGGCCCUGGACGGGGUUGCCGAUGGACAAAGUUGGACGAGUCCUGCGAAAAAAUCUGAUAAUCGUCGUGACGAGGUCGCACAGAGUUUGCUGUUUGACGGCAGGCAAAUUUUUCCCCGUUUCCCUCGAAACCUCUACCGCGGUGCUCAGCACGGCAAUGUCCUACUUCACGCUGUUGAAACAUUCGUCCCUAAAGAUGGAAAAUACCACAAAACUCGAAAUAGUAUCAAAUUUCAUAAUAUUUGGACAAGUGUUGCUCUUCAGCCUGUUGAUAUGCCUCGACGGAUAUUUAAUACUUAUGGAAGACACCUCUCUUAUGAGUCGUCUAAUUUUCACGUUUCAUUUAAUAAGUUGCAUGUGUCAACUACUAAUGUUCACCUACAGUUGCGACUGUUUGAUACGAGACAGUACGAACAUAGCUAACGCUACGUACAACAGUUUAUGGUCGUUCAUGCCAAUGGAUAAAUACGGGAAAAUGUUGCGAAAAGACUUGAUACUCGUCAUCAUGAGAUCGAAAUCGCCGUGUUACCUCACCGCUUUGGGAUUCUUCCCCGUCUCGCUCGAGACGUACAUUAGCCAUUGUAUAUUCCUGAUUUGUAAUACAUUGUGCAUCGUGCUGACGAUGUUCAAGUGUUCGAUAUUGUUCAUCCGUAGAACGGAAUUCAAGAAUUUAAUUUUGUUCGCCCGCCAGAAUUUUUGGCACCUCGACUACGAUCGGCAAGAGAGGCUCCUUUUCACCAAGUGCAGCAAAUUUUGCACGUUGUGGACCAUAACCGUGUUCUCGUUCACGCAAGCCUCCCUGACUUUCUAUAUAAUCACGCCAAUAUGCGCGAAUAUCGGAAAAAACAAGUCGGAGAGGAUACUUCCGUUCAAAAUGUGGAUCGAUUUCCCAUUAAGCGAGACGCCGUAUUACGAAAUAAUGUUCCUCAUCCAGUUACUUACAGUGCAGCAAAUCGGUAUAGCUUACACGUGCAACGACAACUUCUUGUGCGUGUUGAACAUGCACGUGGUCUGCCAGUUUCGCAUACUGCAGCACAGACUAUCGAAACUGUGGUCGAUAAUCGACGAGCGGGCGGAUAAAAUCAAUUACGCGAGCAAGUGUUACGAGGCGUUGAAAGAGUGCAUACGACACCAUCAAUCGUUGAUCGAAUUCUGCGACAAGCUCGAGUACGUCUACACGUUGCCGAUCUUCGCCCAUGUUGUGGUGUUCAGCUUGCUAAUGUGCUUCGACACGUACGAGAUAUUUCUGGCGAACGUACCUAUUUCGAUGCGUCUCAUUUUCUUUUUCCACAUGGUCGGUAGUUUCAUCCACAUAAUUGUCCUCACGUAUAUUUGCGGCGGAUUGAUAGAGGAGAGUUCGAAUAUCGGGUUGGCGACGUAUUCGGGAUGGUGGACCGUGCUGCCGAUGGACGAAGCCGGAAGAAUGCUGCGGGAGGAUGUGAAGGUGAUGAUAAUGAAGUCCAUGCGCCCGUGCUAUCUGUCCGCUGGCGGUUUCUUUCCUGUGUCCUUGGAGACGUCCACCGCGCUUAUGAGUUCUACGUUGUCGUAUUUCACCCUCAUGAGGGAAUCGUCCAAGGAUAAAUAACUCACCGUACACGUAAUACGUACAUCGAUUUAUUGAAUAAUAAUAAUAUAUAUAUAUAUUAAUCUUUAUAAACAAAUGUUGACAUUUGCAUAAAAAUUAAUUACAUGGAAUAGAAAUAA